GCAUUGUUGCUGGAUACUGGAAUGAUGCACGCAUGCUCUGUUGGACACUGGAAUGCUGGUGCAUGUGCACAUGUUAUUGGCAUGAGCUGUAGUUCAAACCUCAGCCAUUUAAUGCUUGAAUUCUCAAACCAUUCAUGGAAAAGGGUACUUUUUCCUGCUGGAAUUCUCUCUCUCUUUUUUUAACUGGUGGGGGAGUGGGGUUGGGCGGGGGGGGGGGGGGGGGUCUUGCUACAUUGCCCAGACUCAAACUUCUGAACUCAAAUGAUCCUCCUGCCUCUGCCUCUGCUUCUGCCUCGGCCUCCGGAGUAGCUGGGACUACAGGCCUGAAAUAUUGUUUCUUUAAGGAAGGGCACGUUACCUGUAAUACCAAACCACAAGAGGAUAGCCGCGGUUUUGGGUGAGGAGAGCUCAGAGAGUUUCUUGCACAUGGCCCUGUGGUGGCGGCCAUGGCCCUGCAUAGACACGAGCUGGAAUCUGCAGGUGGCAGCCAGGACGCUGCGGGUGUCAAGUGCACAGUGUGGCCUGGUGCCAACCAUGGCGAGGGUGGAGAGUCCCGUGCCUGCAGUGCGCGCUUCCUACACCGGGUCCUGCGACCUUGGGCAGGCGAUGCCCCUGCGGGAAGGGGCUGGUCCAUCUCCGGCCAGCCACGGACCCACGCAUGGACCCAGCGACUCGCGGACCUGCUUACCUGGGCGCGGCGCGGGUGGCAUGCGGCCACGCGGAGGGGGCGCGCUCGGCUGCUGCGGCCUCUGCAGCUUCUGCACCUGCCGCGGGGCGGCCGGAGAUGAAAUCAUGCACCAGGACAUCGUCCCACUCUGUGCUGCCGACAUCCAGGACCAGCUGAAGAAGCGCUUUGCUUACCUGUCCGGUGGGCGGGGGCAGGACGGAAGCCCGGUCAUCACCUUCCCUGACUACCCGGCCUUCAGCGAGAUCCCGGACAAGGAGUUCCAGAAUGUCAUGACCUACCUCACCAGCAUCCCCAGCCUGCAGGACGCUGGCAUCGGAUUCAUCCUGGUGAUAGACCGGCGGCGGGACAAAUGGACCUCCGUGAAGGCGUCCGUCCUGCGCAUCGCAGCAUCUUUCCCGGCAAACCUGCAGCUCGUCCUUGUGCUUCGCCCGACGGGUUUUUUCCAAAGGACUCUCUCCGACAUCGCUUUCAAAUUCAAUAGAGAUGACUUUAAGAUGAAGGUGCCGGUCAUAAUGCUGAGCUCCGUACCAGAUUUACACAGUUACAUCGAUAAGUCGCAGCUGACCGAGGACCUGGGCGGGACCCUGGACUAUUGCCACUCCCGGUGGCUGUGCCAGCGCAUGGCCAUCGAAAGUUUCGCCCUCAUGGUGAAGCAGACGGCUCAGAUGCUGCAGUCCUUCGGGACCGAGCUGGCCGAAACAGAGCUGCCCAAUGACGUCCAGUCGACGAGCUCAGUGCUGUGUGCGCACACAGAGAAGAAGGACAAGGCGAAGGAGGAUUUGAGGCUGGCACUGAAAGAGGGGCACAGCGUUCUGGAGAGCCUCGGGGAGCUGCAGGCUGAGGGCUCAGAGCCCGGCGUGAACCAGGACCAGCUCGACAACCAGGCCACCGUGCAGAGGCUCCUGGCCCAGCUGAAUGAAACGGAGGCUGCCUUCGAUGAGUUCUGGGCAAAGCAUCAGCAGAAACUGGAGCAGUGCCUGCAGCUUCGGCACUUCGAGCAGGGCUUCCGGGAGGUCAAAGCCAUCUUGGACGCAGUGUGCCAGAAGGUAGCAACCUUCACGGACAUUGGCAACAGUCUGGCGCAUGUGGAGCACCUGCUGAGGGACCUGGCCAGCUUCGAGGAGAAAUCGGGUGUGGCUGUGGAGAGGGCCCGGGCCCUGUCCCUGGACGGCGAACAGCUCAUCGAGAACAAGCACUACGCUGUAGACUCCAUCCGCCCCAAGUGCCAGGAGCUCCGACACCUCUGCGACCAGUUCUCUGCAGAGAUCGUGAGGAGGAGGGGGCUGCUCAGCAAGUCCCUGGAGCUGCACCGCCGCCUGGAGACGUCCCUGAAGUGGUGUGAUGAAGGGAUUUACCUGCUGGCCUCACAACCUGUGGACAAGUGCCAGUCCCAGGACGGCGCGGAGGCUGCCCUCCAGGAAAUCGAGAAGUUUUUGGAGACCAGUGCGGAAAAUAAGAUCCAGGAGCUCAACACGAUUUACAAAGAAUACGAAUCCAUCCUCAACCAAGACCUCAUGGAGCACGUGCGAAAGGUCUUCCAGAAGCAGGCGAGCAUGGAGGAGGUGUUCCACCGCAGGCAGGCCAGCCUGAAGAAGCUGGCGGCCAGGCAGACGCGGCCCGUGCAGCCGGUGGCCCCCAGACCCGAGGCACUGGCAAAGUCUCCCUGCCCCUCCCCAGGCAUUCGGCGAGGCUCGGAGAACUCCAGCUCCGAGGGCGGUGCACUGCGGAGAGGGCCCUACCGGAGGGCCAAGAGUGAGAUGAGUGAGAGCCGGCAGGGCCGCAGCUCUGCAGGGGAGGAGGAGGAGAGCCUGGCCAUCCUGCGCAGGCACGUGAUGAGUGAGCUCCUGGACACAGAACGGGCCUACGUGGAGGAGCUGCUGUGUGUCCUGGAGGGCUACGCCGCGGAGAUGGAUAACCCACUGAUGGCUCACCUCCUGUCAACAGGCCUUCACCACAAGAAGGAUGUUUUGUUUGGAAACAUGGAGGAGAUCUAUCACUUCCACAACAGGAUAUUCCUCAGGGAGCUGGAAAACUACACCGACUGCCCAGAACUGGUUGGAAGAUGCUUUCUGGAGAGGAUGGAGGAUUUCCAGAUCUAUGAGAAGUACUGUCAGAACAAGCCCCGCUCCGAGAGCCUGUGGAGACAGUGCUCCGACUGCCCGUUCUUCCAGGAAUGCCAGAGAAAGCUGGACCACAAACUGAGCCUGGACUCCUACCUGCUGAAGCCGGUGCAGAGGAUCACCAAGUACCAGCUGCUGCUCAAGGAAAUGCUGAAAUACAGCAAGAACUGCGAGGGGGCUGAGGACCUGCAGGAGGCGCUGAGCUCCAUCCUGGGCAUCCUGAAGGCGGUGAAUGACUCCAUGCACCUCAUUGCCAUCACCGGCUAUGACGGGAAUCUCAGCGACCUGGGCAAGCUGCUGAUGCAAGGCUCGUUCAGCGUCUGGACCGACCACAAGAGGGGCCACACCAAGGUGAAGGAGCUGGCCAGGUUCAAGCCCAUGCAGCGGCACCUGUUCCUGCACGAGAAGGCGGUGCUCUUCUGUAAGAAGCGGGAGGAGAAUGGGGAGGGGUACGAGAAAGCCCCCUCCUACAGCUACAAGCAGUCCUUAAACAUGGCCGCCGUCGGCAUUACAGAGAACGUGAAGGGAGAUGCUAAGAAGUUCGAGAUCUGGUACAACGCGCGUGAGGAGGUCUACAUCGUCCAGGCACCAACUCCUGAGAUUAAGGCCGCAUGGGUGAAUGAAAUUCGGAAAGUGCUGACCAGCCAGCUGCAGGCUUGUCGAGAAGCCAGCCAGCACCGGACGCUGGAGCAGUCGCAGAGCCUGCCCCUGCCGGCCCCGACCAGCACCAGUCCCUCAAGAGGAAACUCAAGGAACCUCAAAAAGCUGGAAGAAAGGAAAACAGACCCCCUGAGCCUGGAGGGAUAUGUCAGCUCAGCACCACUGCCAAAGCCCCCCGAAAAGAGCAAAGGUUGGAGCAAAACUUCACACUCACUGGAGGCACCUGAGGAUGACGGGGGCUGGUCAAGUGCAGAAGAGCAGAUUAACUCGUCCGACGCCGAGGAGGACGGCGGGCUGGGCCUCAAGAAGCUGGUUCCGGGUAAAUACACGGUCGUGGCGGACCAGGAGAAGGGAGGCCCUGACGCGCUGGUCGUGAGGAGCGGGGACGUGGUGGAGCUGGUGCAGCAGGGCGACGAGGGCCUUUGGUACGUCAGGGACCCGACCACUGGCAAGGAGGGCUGGGUGCCGGCCAGCAGCCUGUCCGUCCAGCUCGGCCCGUCCGGCUCGGCCCAGUGCCUGAGCAGCUCAGAGUCGAGCCCGGGGUCGGCCGUGCUGAGCAACUCGUCCAGCUGCAGCGAGGGCGGCCAGGCCCCCUUCUCCGACCUGCAGGGGUAGCGCCGCGCAGCGUGGGCGCAGGAGACCCGCGCGCUGUCUGGGGCUGCCACUGCGAGGGCUGGCGUGGCACGGGGAGGGCGCAGUGCCCCCGGACGUUCCGAGGAAGGGGCACCUCACCGCCCCGACCCAGAGCGCCUGGCUGUGCGGGCUGCAGAGGACCCCUCCAGGGCAGAGGCUGGUUCCACGGAAGACCCCGGCCCGCUGGGGCUUCCUCGGAGACUCCAGAGCCCACAGAGGACGGGCCGCAGGGAACAGCCCCGGGCAGGAGGCGUCGGGCAGCGGCAUCUCCUGGCUCCACCCUGCUGCUUCUGCCUCCGGACGGCGCUUUCAGGGCGCGGGCAGACCAUGGUGGAGCUGCUUGGGCAGAAGUGGAUGAUUGACCAAUGGCCUGAGGAGAGCGGGGCUGGGGACUCUCUCUCUUUUACAAGUUUUAGGAUUUUUUUUAAGCAGGGAUCAAUCCCAUGGCCAUUUUUUGUGGUACUUUGGCCUCAAUUCUUUACCAGGAAUCACUGUGUUUACAUGAAAUGACAAUUUGAUACUGUAUUUGAUAGAAAACUAUUUUUUGUUACCGGGGUUUACAUAGAAGCACGCUGUUUAUACCAUUAAAUGACUUUGGGGGACUCUCCCGUGGGAACGGCUGCCACUCCCUGAAGCUCCCUGGUCACAGGUGGGUGAAAACGUGUCCCUGGGUGACAUCAGGUGGUGUCUGCACCACCAAAAGCGGUUAGAAGCCAAGGAGAUUCCUUUACCUACCUAGGGUUCAUUUUCAAAAGAAAAUUUAAACUAUAAUUUAAACAAUUAACUUUCUUUUCUACAAAAAAAAAAAAAGUAGGGACUUGAUUUUUUUGAAGAGCUUCACUGAAUUUGGAUAUUUUUAUUGCUUUUAAAGAAAAUACAAAGAUGCAGUUUCUGCAGGGUGUCGCGUGGACCAGUGCUGCUGACCAUAGCUCAGAGAGCCCCGCCCCUGCCUCACUGCACGGCAGCCUCCUCGGAGGCCGCACCUCCGCUCCCCUCGCCAGACACCCCCUGCCUCCCACCCAGGUCCACCUGCCACCUGGUGACCCCCUUGAGUACAGAAGCGUAAGUGGGGAGAGUAUUUUAUUCAAGUCACAGCAGAACUGGAAAGAAAACCUCUCCUGUUUUACCCCUUCUUGUGUUUCAGAAACAUAUUCUGUUAUUUUAAAGCCUUUCAGUGUCUAGUCUGCAGAUGUUUUGGUAUGUGUGCACCUCUGACCAUGUGUGUACGUGUGUGUCUUGCUGGAGAGGACAUAUUCGCUGUCCCCGUGCUGCUGGACGAGCCGCCUCACAGCCUCACGGUUCCCAGUCCCAGCACAGUGGAGGCGGGCGUGGCUGCAUUCCCCUCACGCUUCCCUCCAGGCGGCUUGCAGCCAUCACUGGCCAGACCUCCAGGGUGCGGAAUCAAUAGGAAGCGUGCAGAGACUCGGUAGUUUUUCCUCUGAUGUGUAAGUUAUCUGGAACGUGCUGUGUCCUGCGAUGUCCCUGAUGUACUGUGCAGGCACGGUGCCUCCGUCUCAUCGCGCAGCUGCGCGCCCUUGUGUGACCCUCCUCAUAAAGGCACUUUACAGCUUCAUGUUUCAUCCAUUGUCACUUUUUUUUAAACUGCUGAUGUAAAUGGAAUUUUAAAAGCAGAGUUCUUUAUUGUAUGGAUGAAGUUUGAAUAAAUAUCAGCAACUUCUGCCAUCUGCCUUUGUCUGUCAAGACACAGAACAUCUUAGCGGUCAGGGUUUCCAGGGCUGCAGUGCGCCAUGCUUGCACCUGGCAAGUCAUUGUUGAGACAGAAAAGAAGCCUGCAGUGAGCAGGGCCCAGUGUGCGGCUCAGGCACCAACCAACCCCUUUGCUUUCUUCUGUCAGACAGCGAUGAUAACAAAACAGCAACAAGGUUGUGCGUGUCGGAAACGCAAAGGCAGCAGAGGAAGCGUAGAGGAACCAUUACAGAAUCACAAUGCAGCCAAUACGCUCCAGACCAGGAAAGGGAGCGUAAAGAGAGGGUAUUGAUGCAGUAGAAGAAGGGAAGGGUGGAGAAAUGGGACAGCAUGGUGAACAGGAAACAACAUAUGACAGAAGAGACAGCCCAGAUGUGUCUGACUCACAACAGACAUCAUCUUACGUUGGCCUCCUGGAAGAGCCUCAGAUCAGACAUGACAAGUCACUGCUUAGAGACCAUCAAGCAAAAUUAUAUAAAGAUUGAAGAUUUAAAAUAAAAGAAGACAGAACAGACAAACACUAACCAUAAGAAAGCUGAUGUAGCAGUAUCAACAUGAAAUGGAAUUCAGGACAGUUCAUAGAGUAAAGGGGGGCUGCAUGGCAAUCAGGAACUCGUAAGCAACUGACUGUAAAGCUCAAAACACAGCAAAGUUGGCAGUCGGGGUGAGAUGUUGACUGUCACGAAAAGUGAUGCCUGUUUGUCCCUAAGCAGAGAAAUCUGCGUUAUUUUCCAGCACACAUGGAGCACAAGCAAAAUAUUUACAGAACAAUGGCAAGAUCAUUGAAACAGUGUUUGGCAAUUUAAAAGCUUGUUUCUAACUCACGGGAUGCGGGGAGUCGGCUCUCUAGAACUGGACUGAGUGCGCAGAGCCACGUGAGGAAACAGCCAUGGCCAGCUCAGAUUGGCGUCGACAGCUUAGUGGUGUCUGAUUUUAUACACGACAAAACAAACGACUAAACCAUUUAAGCCAAAAAAUAAGACCAGCGUAACCCAAAGAAAGUAUUUAAAUACUUCUGUCAAUUAGGACAGUUGAGAAAAGAGAAUAACAAAAUCAAAAGUAAAACUCAAACUUUGUACCUGAAAAAUCCAAUAAAACUGACUAAUUUAUAGAAAACCUAAGACAUUCCAUAUCAAAUAAAAAUUUUUAAAUAUGA